AUGGCAGUAACGUCACAGAUACCUGCUUUUCCAUCGUCACGGAUAACAACGAAUACGAACGGGUAUGAAUCUCUUAGUGUAAACAACAAGAAGUGUCCAAGAGAACGUGCUGGUGGAUUACGUUUUGCUCAAGAUGCUGAAAGAUGGAAGGAAAAGCAUACCACAAAGUCACAAUUUGUAGACAUUGUGGUUCCAUGGCGUAUGCGUGAACGUAUGAAAACAAUGGACGUAGCAUUAGUACUUUGUCUUAAUAUUGGAACAGAUCCACCCGAUGUAGAAAAAUCAUCACCUUGUGCACGUAAAGAAUGCUGGGUCGAUCCAUUUUCGAUGCCAGCGAAGAAAGCGAUUGAAACAAUUGGUAAUACAUUGCAGUCUCAGUAUGAACGCUGGCAACCACGUGCAAGAUAUAAACAAAGUUUAGAUCCAACGGUGGAAAAAAUACGAGAAUUGUGUGUCAAUCGACGACGACUGGCUAAACAUGAUCGUGUCUUGUUUCACUAUAACGGACAUGGUGUCCCUCGACCGACACAGAAUGGAGAAGUCUGGGUCUUUAAUAAAAGCUAUACGCAGUAUAUUCCACUGUUAGUGUAUGACUUGCAGUCUUGGGUAGGGACACCAUCGAUCUACGUGUUUGAUUGCUCAGCGGCAGGAGUUUUGCUAAGUCACUUCACAUCGCCGCCUACGAUCCCAGCUCAAUCGCAUGGGAGAAAUGAAAGUCCAUUAACAAAUGAAGCUAUUGUGCUUGCUGCUUGCUCUGCUGACGAACUAUUGCCAACGAAUCCAGAACUCUGCGCAGACGUGUUUACUUCUUGCUUGACAACGCCGAUAACCGUCGCUUUGCGGUGGUUUAUCUCGCAGAACGAACUCUCGAUGGCGCAUUUGGAUGCUAGUUUUAUUGAACGUAUUCCAGGAAAACUUACAGAUAGGAAAACGCCGUUAGGAGAAUUGAAUUGGAUAUUUACGGCCAUUACCGAUACGAUUGCAUGGAACAUGUUACCUCGCGAGUUGUUUCAAAAGCUAUUUCGACAGGACUUGCUCGUGGCCUCGCUUUUCCGCAACUUUCUGCUUGCUGAACGGAUUAUGAAGUCUGAGGGUUGUUCUCCAUGUUCACUUCCAGCAUUACCACCAACAAAUCACCAUUCACUGUGGCGAUCGUGGGACUUGGCUGCUGAGGUAUGUUUAAACCAGCUUUACAAAUUAUCGAACCCAUACCCAAACGUUGAUAUGAGUUUCCAGCCCUUGCGCUUCUUUGCGGAGCAGCUUACAGCGUUUGAGGUGUGGCUGCAAUUUGGGUCUCCAGAGAACUCACCGCCUCAGCAAUUGCCGAUGGUUUUACAAGUACUUUUGAGUCAAGUCCAUCGUCUCCGUGCACUCGUACUAUUAAAGAAAUUUCUCGAUUUGGGGCCAUGGGCCGUAAACUUGGCACUUUCUGUUGGAAUUUUCCCGUACGUACUGAAAUUGCUCCAAUCUCCAGCAAGUGAGCUUCGUCAGGUGCUUGUUUUCAUUUGGGCAAAAAUCUUAGCUCUUGAUUCAAGCUGCCAGGUUGAUCUAGUGAAGGAUGAUGGUCAUUCAUAUUUCAUAUCUCAUCUCGCUGCUGGGCUUCACAAUAGUGGAGGAAAUCAAAGUUCAUUUAGUGCGGGAGGCAAUGUGAUGCCAGCUGAUCAGAAAGUCAUGGCGGCUUUUAUUAUCUCGGCGAUCUGUAACGACUACCUGCCAGGACAAAAGAGCUGCAUGUCACAGUACUUGCACAAGAUCUGCAUUAAUUUGCUACAAGAUUCUGAGGAAGAAGUACGCACAUGGGUGUGUUUGUGUCUCGGUAAACUGUGGGAAAACUUUGACGAUGCCAAGCGUAUUGCGAUCGAAGAUCAAGUUCCGCGAAUACUUGGUGCUAAGCUCCGCGAUGAUCGUCCGGAAGUGCGUGCUUCUGCUGCCUAUGCGCUUGGCACGCUAGUAGGUUUUCAGUGCGAUCUCAAGGCAAGUGGCAAGCACGUCGACUUGAACCGCUUGGAAGAUUUCGUCCGGCAACGAGCUCACGAUGACAUUGUUGUAGCUUUAGAACUGUUACGGGGUUGUCAGGAUGGAUCUCCGCUGGUGCGAAGGGAGAGUGUACUAGCGUUGGCAAACGUCAUCCUGCAUAACUACCACCAACCACGUUUUGAAUCUGUGGCCAAGCAUUUUAAGAAUCAGACACUGCAAGGCCCCGUAACUCAGUCAGAUGGCGGAUCUCCUCCAACUGGAUUGGCUUUGCAAAGUGAUAAUGAUGCGUCAAAUUUGAAAGAGAGUACUAGUGACGCAGAUGUGUUUGUGAAUGAGAAGCUACGAGAUAAGAUUGGCGAGGACGUUAAAUACUAUGCUCAGAUUUGGCACGUAUUAAAGGAGAUGCAGUCGAGAGAUCCGUUCCCAAAUGUGGUGGAAGCUGUGAAAGCAAUUGUCAGCUAUGUGAAUGCUAGUAUUUUGGAGGCUGAGCAAGAUCAUUUACGAGAAAGCAGUCAAACUGGAAGCGCCUUAGCUUCCCCACCGCGAAGUGCAAACCCUGGAGGCGUCACGGCCAUGUGUUCGGAGAGAAGCCCUGGCACUGUUUCUCAAUUACAACGAGAGCGACCAGUGUCUAAAUUCGGCUAUAUACAAUCCCAGCAGAGCCAAGGACGGCUUAGUGCCGCCCUAGAAGAUGUUGUUCAACCCCCGGCAAACUCUGAGCUAGGCAAUUUGAUAAAGACCCCUGAAACGCAGAUGCAAACUAUCGCACCUGUAACGAAAGGACUACGGUCAGCCGUAUCUGUGGGUAAUUUUCGCCAGUACCAAGAGAAAUUCCAGCAAGGAUCUGGUAUGUUGGGGAUUGGGGAUGGUCACCUGACACCGCCAGCCGCUCCCAUGAGUAUGGGCAAUAAUGUGACUCAGAGGCAGUAUCUCGGACCGAGCUCGUCACAAACUGCAGCCGAAUACAGAAUUUCGAGCAGCGGUCUUCCAGAUGAAGGAGAUAUGGGCAGUUCUUUGCAUGUCCACCCUGCGCUGGAACGAUACGGUUGUCAGGAGAACUUUCCGCCCGCUCUGUUGUCAACGUGCUAUGAACGCCACAAAGCUCAUUUUAAUGAUCCCAUUGUAGAACCCGUAGAGGAAGAUGAGGAUCCGUUGAGCGAGAAGGGCGCUGAAAGAUGGGAGCGUCGCCGUCGCUACAAACGCAUUCGAGCUGUGGCGAUGAAGCUCGCACCAGGCUUUGCGUUGCGUCAAAGCUCGACGAAUUCGUCUGCUACCCCGAAUGGUGUUAUGGGACUGCAAGGUGUUAGCCAGCGCAACUCUCCACUUUACUCCCCCAUCGAAUAUGACUUCGGGCGCCGUGUCUCCUCAACUCAAAGUGAUGAAAAAGAAGUGAAGGAUUUUACGCUGAACCUCCGUCAGCGCGCUGUUUUGAAUAACGACGCGGAAAUGACAUCGCUACUCCUCUUCCACCCUUACGAGACAAUGCUUCUUGUUGCUGACGAAAAAGACCAGAUUUCUCUGUAUAACUUUGAGGAAACAGAGACAAAGGUGCUGAGUUUUGGCAACAAAAACCCGCCUGGGUCUCGACUGACAUCGUUGGACUGGAUGAAUGAAACGGAAGAAAGCCUUCUGACAUGCGGUUCUGACGACGGUGUGAUUAAAAUUUAUCACGGUUUACAUAGCCCUCAUCCACCUGCAGGCACCCCAAAGCUUUUGUCGGCUUUUGUCGCAGUACCCGAUCUUGUGCCUGGAACGCGUGGGUCGGGUCUCGUGAUGAACUGGCAACAAAAUGCUGGUAUGAUGCAUGCUGGUGGCAACUCAAGUAUUCUGCGUGGUUGGGAUUUGCGCCAGGAAAAAUGCACAGUAGCACUUUCGACUCAAACUGAUUCUUGCAUCACUAGCAUGACAAGCGAUGCAAAUGUUCCAAGUAUGGUGGUGGCUGGUUUUGGUGAUGGCAAAUUGAGGAUCUUUGACUUGCGAAGCAGACCUGAUUAUGCUGUCAAACUGGUAAUGAAGGAGCACACAUCGUGGGUGGUGCAAACGCACAUUUACCCCGGUCGCAAUGAGCUUCUCACAGGGUCUGUGACGGGUGAGCUGAAGUUUUGGGAUAUGCGGUAUCCCAAGAACAGCGUCAAGUCUUUGGAAGCUCACCGAUCACCAAUGACCGCCCUCGCCGUUCAUGAUUACGCUCCGAUAUUCGCCAGUGGCUCACACAAUCAGUUUAUUAAGGUGUUUCGCAGCGACGGUGAGCAGUUGGCACUCAUCCGCUAUCACGAAGGCUUUCUGGGAGAGCGAAUUGGUCCCAUUUCGUGUUUAGCCUUCCAUCCUCAUCGGCUAUUCUUAGCUGCGGGUGCAACUGACUCGGUGGUUGCUGUUUAUUCGAGCGAUAAGUAA